UGACGAAUCUCCCGCCAUGAUGGAAAAGUGAAUGUGGAACUCCCUUCAGCUGUAGUUCAAGUGUCAUUGACCGUAAACAGACUGUCUAUAUGACGGGAAGGUUGGUAUCUAAUGUUAGAAUUAAACAGGGAUAAUGUUUGUAUUAUUCUGCAUUUUGUAACCACCGUUUCAGUGGAAUAUUGUUGGAGAAUGGAGGGGGGUCAGCAUCCAAGUCGGAUGCAGUUGUUGUGGGAUUUCGAUGGUAAUACAACGAGAAACCUUUGGGGAAAAUUAAAAUGUAGUCGCUUAAAACCGAUUUCAAACACUACCUUAUACCGGAUUUAAGUCGUAUUUAUGUGUAAAUGCGGCAUGUUUAUAAGUGGACGUCAAUAAUUCACUCAAUACUAGUACCGUGAGUACGACUGCCUGUUAUAAUGUAUUAUUCAUACACAUGAUACAUGUAACUCGUGAUGCAAGAAAUUAUGAAAUGUAUUUACCCAUUAUGGUUAAGGAUUUAAUUGUGUAUUUUUAUUAAUGCUUCAACUUUCAGUUUAAUUAUACCUAACCCAGUGCCAUGUUAAAUUCACUUUACACUGUGACUCAGUCUCAUGUCAUGCUUAUGUAAAUAUAAACACGGAAAAUGAUUAGUAAUUCUGCCAUGGAAAACUAUCUUGUGCUGGCCAUGCACAGCUCCACUUGAUUACAUUCCUUGGUGUGAACUUAUAGUAAACAUGGGUAGACACUAGCAGUGGACAGUUUGCUGAAGUUGUGCUACCAAACAAUAUUCAUCAAGCUUGCCCUGCAGGGCCACCAAAGAUUAUAUACCAUAUCAUCUGGAAACAAAAUUAGAUAGAUCGAUAUAUGUGACUUCACAAAUCCUAAUUUGUUAGCGGAAAGGGUAAAGGUUUGAAAACAAUACUCUAAAUCUGUUGUAUGUUUGAUCCAUAUUAUUUUAGCAUGUAUCAGCAAAGCAUUUGAAAUAAUGGUGUCAAAACGUUGCAUUCAUACUAUGCAUUGACAUAAAUUUAUUGGAAGGAAACGUGGAAACACUUUGUGAAUGUUUUGCCUCCGUCAUUGAAGAAAGCAAAAUCGUCAUUAAAAACAUAGAAGCUUAACAAUUUUGUGAAACAAUAAAAUGCGAGAGAAAAUGACAGAGACAGAAAUGGUAUAAUUAUUAUAGAAUCAUAAAAUUUUCUAAUAGUCUAUUCAUGCUCAUAAAAGAAGUGGGACCCAUGAAGUGUGCCUUAGAAGAUAAUGCAACGCCCGCUUGAUAGAGCUGAAAAUGUUUUUGCCAGUCAGAAUAUUCAUACCCUGCUUUGUUUUACAUUUAGUGUACAUUGAUCUAGACUUAAUUGUUUUUUAACCCGAUUCUGUAUUGGAUGCCAACUUCAUCUUGAUAUCACAGGACGUCUUAAUACUAGUAUGUAUCAAUAUCCACCCCAUGAGCUAAAUAUCCUCGAGUGCCCAGUAGUCGUGCGCUUAAGAAAGUAUUCGUUUCAAGAAAUAGUAAAAUGAAAUAUUAGCUAAUCUCACAUGAUAUUUUAACUUACCAUGUUAAAAUCUUACUUUCUCUUUAUUCAAAAUAUUCCAAAGCGGUUUAUCAAUUUUAUUGUUGAGGCACAAAACAAGUGAAGUUCAACGUUGGCCAUAUUUGUUUAGGACCAGUAGUCGUGCACCCGGAUGUAGCAGUAAAAUGAGGCUAAGGAAACACAUUUUAUUGUUCGGUAACCUUUUUACCGCAUUCCUUUUAUGCAUUUGCACUUCCAUACAGUGAAUAGAAAGAAAAUAUUACAUUAAAUCAAAUAAAUCCCAUAGUGCCCUUCUGCAUGUGAACAUUUCCUUUCCACGUGAAUAGUUUGGAUGGUGACACUAGGCAUAUACUUAUUCGCUGCCUUACAGACACUAAUGCACACAUCCUUGCAUGACAACCAGAUAGACAUUGAUAAGUCAACUAGGACUGUAUUGUCUCAACUUAACAUUUGAUUUUUUUUCUUUGAAGUCUAAAAACAUUAAAAGAGAUAACUUGUAUGGCUAUGCACUAAUUCCCGACAUUUUGAGCAACAUUCCAAAUGCAUAAGGACUACCAACUUUUCAAUAAACGAACAAAUAAAAUGUUUGUCCUUAUAAACCAAUCGAAAUACACGACAACCUUCACAUUGGAUUAUGCUAAUUAGCCAUGUGCUUGGUACGACCACCGGUUGCGGUUCAGCAUGAUUAACACGUGCUUUCACAGUCAGGGAAAAAAGCAUUAACAAAAUGGCGGGUAUUUUGGGUGUAUAAUUGUAUUAUUAUCAGUCCUUCCUGUUUGCUUCCCAUAUUUCACUCAUUGUUAAAAUAUGGAUGCUCUCUUUAAUUAUCUUCAAAAAUCAGCUCCUCAUGACGUAAUAUUUAGGCAUGGGUCCCAACAAUGACAACAAACAAAAUGGCACACGACUACUGGGCACGCACGACUUUAGGACCUUCAGCCAUACAAUAUUACAGACAUAUAAAUUUUAAAAAUAUUAUCAGUAAUACUCCUGCCACCAAAAUUACCCAAUAUUUAAUAUGAUGGGCAAAAUACAAUAUGUAUUUCUUCGAAAAGGGUACUCAAUAUAUGGGGUAGCUAGCAUCUGGCCCUUGUGCCGAAACAUUGUAAGUUGACAGGGUUUGACACUAAAGGCACGUCCGACCGACCGAGUCUACUAAAUGAUAGGUCCGGUCGGUUAAAAUGGUGAUUUACUAAUCCGACUGGUUGUGUUUAAAAAAUAAACAAAUUUAAGAAACUUUACUUUAAAUCAUAAGAUAUUUCAUUCUUUAAAAAAAACUAAAGAGUUUGUGUGCAGUUUUGAACUGCAUGAUGACAUAAUCUAUAUUUUUAGUUCUAAUAAGUCGCGGUCGGAAGAGAUGUUCUACGACAUCUACACUGUACACAAUAUUAAUGUGUGUAAAGUUAUGUUUUGGUUAAAUAAAAUUAUUGAAUUCAUUUUCAUAAAAAAACAACAACAAACAGUUCAUUUGAAUUGAAGAUAAGAAAGUGUUUAUCAAAUUAAUGAAUUACGUCGUAAACAGCAAUUUUUCGGUGUUUACAUAUGUGCGGGAAUGUCUAUAUGCAAAUACGAAUUCUCGUCCUCAAGGAAAGCAAAAGAUGUCCCAAGAAAGAGAAAAAAGGAAAACGUUGGGAAGAAACAAAGCAGAGCUUAUGAAAUAGAAAUUUUUAAAAAACAUAUUGAGGUCAUUUUAUUCUAAAUGGAUUAAAGAAUUUCCGUGCCAGUAAGAAUUUAAAGAAACUGAAAAUAUGUUUGAAAGUAAAAGCAUCAAAUUGAAUGACGAGACUAAAGAUUUUUUUGAGACAAUUAAAUGCAUUUUAGUUCAAACUUAACAUUUGUCAUUUAAAUUAAGUAUUUAGAUAUGGAGAAUUAUCAGAUUUUUUGGUCAGAGCUAGUGAUGGGCAAUCGGACCUAAUACCACAAUCGAUUAUCGUCAAUAAUAGGACACGUAAUCGAUUAAUAAUCGAUUAUAAUCGGAAUUGGCAUUUAAGUGUUUUCCCCUCAAAUUAGAUGUAACAGAAUCAUUAAAUGUAUGGAAACAACAUUUGAAUUCUUCUUUGUUUCAUUUAUUCACUGGUAGUGGUAUAUAAAUCAGAAUUCCAAUAUAUCAAGUAAUGGAAUUUAUCUAUAAUCUCAAUGUAUCAAAGAUAUCAGAGAUAGGCUCCUUUAUUUGACUGUUGAAUGUCAUUGUUGUUACCAUCCUUCAUAUCUCCCGUUAUUUUCUUUGCUUAUUUUUGAUUGGGUUUGACAUACAGAAAAUAAAAUUUGAACAAAGUUGAAGUGAUUUCCGGAUUUUAUUUGGUCAACGAUGUCGGCGACUUUUAUUUUGUAAUCGAUUAGUAGCAUCAUAGGUCUCUGAACGACCGACAAUCGAUCAUCGGUGACAAUCGUUUCAUCACUAGUCAGAGCUAGUAGAUGUAAGGUCAGGUCUAGCAAAAAUCAAUUGAUUCCGAAGUAGCCAGAUUGGUCUAGUGCUUAAAAAAAGUUAAUGUCAAACCCUGAUUGAAAUGUAGUCUGACAUUGAAUAUAUGGCUUGUUAGAAAGUAACAUGUAAUUGUGUUUCACCGAGUUUCGUUGAUGAAGUGCCAUGCACUUUUUUUCUUUAAAUACUGGCUUCUUGGAGGUGUUGAAUGCUCAAAUGGUUUGUAUAAAAGAACUGUAGAAAGUCCCUUAUUUCUUGGAUGAAUUCCACCAGUGAAUAUCAGUGGUCAUUUGUAUGCAGUCUCUUGGCGUAAGCAUUUGCCAUUUGUGAUUUUAUAAUGGCAUUUGUAACAGGGCUGAUCCAGUUGAGCACAAUCUUCUGGACAAUUAGGUCUCUUGGCAGAAAGCUUCACGUUUGAUUUUGUUGUUAUUUGGUAAAACAGUGGUGAUUCAAGUUUUACCUUUGUUCGUAAACAUAGAUCAUACUCUGAAACUAUUCCAGCAGAUUGUUACAGUUGUCAGAUGUCUUUCAUUUAUUCCAGUGAAUCACUGAUCACAUAGUUGGGGUCUGAGGUGGUUUUUUUGUUUUUACUUGCUGUUAACUACUUUAAUAUCUUUGUAGAUGAAGUAGUAGAUGGAUUUCUCUUUUACUGAAAAAGGCUCCCACAAUUUCAAUGUCAAUUUUUCAUCCAAAAUAGAAUGAUCGUAAGCCAGAGAAUUUUCAAUUAAACUGUAAACAAUUUUACCCAGUGCUUUUAAAGUUCAGUUAUAAGCCUGAACUGUAAAUAAGUUUGCUGACAUAAUACACAGGCAAAUUUUAAUGGCUACUGAAAUUAGAAUGCCAGGCGUGAAUUACAGGAAAUGAACUUAACAUGUAGCGGACAUUCCUGUCCCAUUGCUAACUUCAACAAGUUCCCUGCUGAGCUUGUGAUCACUUCACAACAUGGGCUCUCUACAGUCUGGUGUGUCUUUGGAUUCAGCUUCAAUUAGCGUAUGAAAAAGUCUUUGGUUUAAGGAACAAGCUCCGUGUAUGUCAUUUUUAAUGGUGGUAGGCCAAGUUUAAUAGUGAAUAUUUUUAGUGAUUAACAUGAUGGAGGCAAGUGUGAAGGAAAUCCUAGAAGACAUGGGUGGCAGCAACAUGUCGUAUGGAAAUGGGGCCAUAUGCCAUAGGUGUCACGAAGGCUUCGGAGCCAAUGAAGAAAUAGUCAACUCUAAUGGGGAAAUGUGGCAUACCCAGUGUUUUGUCUGUGCCCAGUGCUUCCAACCUUUUCCUGAAGGAGUGUUUUAUGAGUUUGAAGGAAGAAAAUACUGUGAACAUGACUUCCAUGUUCUGUUUGCACCUUGUUGUGGAAAAUGUCGAGAGUUCAUUGUGGGGAGAGUCAUUAAAGCGAUGAACAAUAGCUGGCACCCGGACUGUUUCCUAUGUGAGAUCUGUGUGGCCCCACUGGCUGAUGAGGGUUUUGUCAAGAAUGCUGGAAGAGCUCUUUGCCGUGAAUGCAAUGCCAAGGAGAAGGCCAAGGGCAUGGGCAAAUAUGUCUGUCACAAGUGUCACUCCAUCAUAGACUCUGGACACAUUAAGUUCCGAGGAGAGGCCUACCAUCCGUACCAUUUCAAUUGUAGCUCAUGUGGAUCUGAGCUGAAUGCUGACGCAAGGGAGAAAUCUGGGGAGCUGUACUGUUUACGCUGUCAUGAUAAAAUGGGAAUCCCCAUCUGUGGAGCUUGCAGACGACCCAUUGAGGAGAGGGUGGUACAUGCCUUAGGGAAAGCUUGGCACGUAGAGCAUUUUGUCUGUGCUAAGUGUGAAAGGCCAUUUUAUGGAACUCGUCACUAUGAGAAGAAAGGAUUAGCGUACUGUGAAACUCAUUACCAUCAGCUGUUUGGAAAUAUUUGUUUUGUGUGCAACAAUGUAGUAACAGGGGAUGUGUUCGGUGCCUUUAAUAAGUCUUGGUGUGUUGGCCAUUUUGCUUGUUCUAUCUGUGACAGAAAAAUGAGUCAUAAAACGAAGUUCUUUGAAUUUGAUCUGAAGCCAGUUUGCCGUGUCUGCCAUGAAAAGUUCCCAGGGGAACUGAAGAAGCGACUGAAGAAAUACCAUGAGGAAGUUUCGAAAAAACAGAUCAUGUCCAAUAGCUAGACAUGUAUAGAUGUGUUAACUACUCCAGUCAGCAUUAGUGGAGAAAGAGAGGGAAAAUACAAGCAAUGGAGAAAUACUCUGGAACUGUUACGCAUAGAUUGACAACAAAAUAUUUAAAAUCAUCAGAUUUUGUUUACUUAUUACCAAUUUAAGUUUUAAAUGAACUUGCUGUGUAACAAAAUUUGGACCAAGAGUAUGUUUUUCAACAUGAAAUUUUAAUUUUUUUCCAAUACUGAGCAAUUUAGCACAUCCAGUUGUCUUUAGGUUAUUAUAGUUUGAUUCAUUGGUGAGAAACAUUUUUAAUGAUUGCUUUGGAAAGGUAAUUUCUGCUAAUACUAUACUCCAAUGUGCAUACUGUUGGCUUCAUAACAUUUUUGAAAAUGGCAAAUGUAGCUUUUUAGUAUAUAGUGAAACCAAAGUAAUAGGAAAUUUUUAUAUGGAACUCAUGAACAAUCAGUAGAUUGAGGAGAGGGAGUGAAUUUUAUUUAUAGAUCAUAGUGUUGAGAAAAAUUAUACAGGAAUACAAGUUAUACUCUUCCACAUUUUGUGAAAUGAAAGGAAGUCGGACAAAAUACCUAAAUUUUACAAAAAUCGAUAUAUAAAACAAGAUGGGGCAUACAUUUCAUGUCUUUAUUUGCCUCUCCUGACUGUUUUGAAAAUAUGGGUAGGAAGAUUGUUUAUUUCUAAGAACUUGCAGUUUACAGUGGUUACUCCAAAUGGACUCGGAAUUGAAGAAAUCUUUGUGGACAGGGAAAUUUAUUUCAAUCAAUUGUGCAUGUGGAAACAAGUAACUCUUUAACUUUGACCUGAUUGAUUCUCUCUUCUGCUGUGCAUUAUUUUAGACCUGUCAGAAGAUUGCUACUACAUGGUUUAGACCUGAUUGAUUCUCUCGUCUGCAGUGCAUUAUUUUAGACCUGAUUGAUUCUCUCUUCUGCGGUGCAUUAUUUUAGACCUGUCAGAAGAUUGCUACUACAUGGUUUAGACCUGUCAGAAGAUUGCUACUACAUGGUUUCACUAUUCUCUGCAUGUUCUAGCUGCUUCCAGAUUUUAGUUUGUAUCAGUAUGUUGAUAUAUGCAACAAUAUAAUGGUGAUUCUAAAUCUUAUUUGUUUAAAUUGUUCCUCUUCAUGGUAGUUUAAUGGUUUAAGUACACUUGUGGUAAACAUAAGAUUAUUGACCAGGGUGAACAUAAGAUUAUUGACCAGGGUGAACAUAAGACUAUUGACCAGGUUGAACAUAAGACAAUUGACCUGUGACCAGGUUGGACAUAGACUAUUGACCAGCAUGAUCUGAAUUUCAAAGUGCUGUACAUUUUUCCAGGAUUCAGUAGGUUCUGUGUAGGGUAGAGCAAUGGGAUAAACACAAUACUAAGUGUGGAAAUUGCAGAUGUGGAACUUUGUUGGAACACAAGGCUUGUCGUCAUCUGGUGAUAUGUAGACAGCAGGACAAAAACAAUGACUUUGCUAGUGUGAUAUGUAAGAUUAGAGCUCUUAUGGGUCCACAACACACGUUUACCUCUGAAGUUUCACUGCUCUGUCCCAUACAUACACUGUACAUCUUUAUGAACAUAUUCGUAAAAAGAUAUGUAGAUGUUGAGAAUCGUGUUGCAUUGAUGAAGUAUGGUCAAUCACAUGUAACCUCCAUUGAAUACUGCUGAAAUGUCAUAAAAACAUAAUAGAUUUGUUACAUUUAACAAUUCAAGAAACAAAUCCAUGAAAGGAAAGGCUGGAGAGGAACAUUAAUAUUAUUUUACGUUUAUAGAAUAAACUAGAAAAUUUAACUUUAUUUGAUGAGGCUUUUCUACUGUUGUAGUUGCUGUGAAUUUUAAUAUGGUGUGACAAUCUCUACUUGUUGAUAAUUUGGAAAGGAAUUUCUAAUUUAUGUUCAAAAGAAAGUAUUAUCUAUAAAUGUGUUAGAGAUACUUUAAUGUGAAAAUGAGUGGUGCCAAUACAUAUACUUUUGUUGUUUGAAAAAAAGAAAAGAAAAGAAUGUUCACUGUUUUAAUGAUGUUUUCCUUUUAAAUAUUAAGAGCUUAAAUGAAAGAACUAAGCAUCUUAUUUUGUCUGAGUAAACAAAAGUUUUGUUUGUUAUCAAGGGAAGACAACUGUGUCAUACUUACUUUUAUAGUCGAUCAAGAAGUAGGUUUAUUAUGUUUUUUUGUUAAUGAUAUGUUCUUUGCUAAGAAAUACCAUACAAAACCAAUUGUUCACCCCAAUAUAUUUGUAGCUUCUAUGCAUGAUUAAUGUCUGUGAUUGCAAUGUGUAAAUAGUGAUAUUUGAAAUAUAUAUUGAUUGUGUAUAUAUGUGUAUGGAUGUUUAUUUAUGAAAUAUACAUAUGAUAGUCAAA